CCCUGACGGAACUGGGGGCCCGCCUCGCCCGUCCUCCGUGGCCGACGGAUGGGGUGGGUCGCCUUUCGGAAAUCCGAGGCUGGAAGUCGUCGGGCGUGAGCGGCGGGGGCCCGUCAUGGCGGGCGGGAGGCGGCGGGGCGAGCCAGCGCUGAGGCUGUCGUGAGGAAAUCCGACCGAGGCCGGGAGGGGGCAGGUCCCGGCGCCCUCGCCCGUGUUUCGGCCCCCGGCUUGGUCUCGGAGCGCCUCUCCCGAGGCGGAUGAACGCCGGGGAGCGUCUGAGGCCCAGGGAGUGCGUCCCUCGCCCUGCUGCGGAAGGAGCCAGAGGCGGCUCUUGAGCGGAUGAAAGUUGUGCCAUAUACACGACGCUGCGCCCUGUGCCUUGAAUGAAAACGGUCUGGGCCCCGAAGAAUUUACAGUUAGAGAGAGACAAGACAAAAAAAUAAAUCUGGAAGCAGUGAGACAGAAGGGCAUCACAUUGCUUAACGUUCCCGGUCCGUCUGGAUAACAUGGCAGAAGGCGGCUUUGACCCCUGUGAAUGUAUUUGCUCACAUGAGCAUGCCAUGAGAAGGCUGAUCAAUCUGUUACGACAAUCCCAGUCCUACUGCACAGAUACAGAAUGCCUUCAGGAAUUGCCAGGACCAAAUCCAUCUGCUGAUAAUGACAUCAGUGUUACAAUGAUAAUGGUGGGCUGGCUGGUUCUGGCUCUAGUCUUAUUCUUGAUGAGACCUACCAGCUUAAGGAGAUCUAUUACUGCUGAAAAGCCGUCUAGCCCACAUAACGGUCAAGAACCACCCGCUCCACCUGUGGACUGAAGUUUACUGGAAAAGCUCAACAAGUUCAAUCUUCAGUGACCAAAAGAAAGAAAGUGACCACAAGAUUCCUAUUCACUGUACAAUAUGGUUCUGUUCUGUACAUAUAACGCCCAUUUGCUUUUUCUAUUUCUUAAAUUACAUUUAUAUGGAUUAACAUACUGUGGUGGAAAGUAACAGCAUUUCAGUGAUGACUGUUGAACCUAUGUCCACGGCAAUAUUUAAAGGAAGAAGUUAAAUCUCUAUAUUGAUAAAUCAGUUGAUCUUUUUUCACACUAGUGUUUUUUUUUCCUUGUCCAGAGAGUGAAAGUUGCAACAGUGGCACAAGCCAGCAGUAAAUUUCUCUGUGAUCUUUGUAUAGCUAUUUUGUUGGGAAAUUCCACAAAAGUUUCCAGCGUGUCCGUUCUCAAAAGUUCAUAUAGAACAGCCUUCUCCAACCUAGUGCCUUUCACAUAUGCUGCAUGUUAACUCUCAUAAUUCCUAGCUGGGCAAAGUCAGCAAUCUGGAUGACAUCAAACUAGGAAAGCUGAUGUACAAGAACCCCACUCAUACUUUAUCAGUGAGACAUCUGAUUUUUUUUCCUGUCUACCAGAAUUGUUUUCUUCCAUCUUAGAAUUUGACUUCUGUUAGUCCGCACUACGUUCUUGUCUGCUGCAAACCCCAAAUUAAAUAUAUUUAUUGAAAGGAAGCAAAAUAAUUAGAAUGAUGUUAACAAAUAAAGCCUGAAUAAUUAAAUGUUACACUGUAAACUAGCACUACCCUUAUCCAAUGAUUUUCCUGUGGAUUUGGGCCUGUGAUAUCUAUUUGAAAUUAACCUCAAUUCAACAGAAAGGCAGCAGCAUAGUAUGAUGCAUUUGUGGGAUGGCCUCCUUCACUGCAAUUGUGUAAAAGCUGUUUUGGUAGAAAGUAAACUCUGGAUCCCAUUAGAUUACUACUUCUUACACUUUAUUCAAAUACUAAGAAAAAUAACUGAGCAGACAGACUGAUUUCUUCUGUUUCAAAAUUGACACAACCAAACACUUCUUUGUGUGGCCACAGCACAAUCUCAGAUUGUGCACUUGAAAUUUGGUGGCAAAACUGCAAAAUUCUUGGUGAUGGACCUCUUAGAAAUAAGAAGCAAAAAUGGCACGUUAAGUUUCUAUGAAGCUCAACGCAUUGAUUUUGUCCCUUUCCUAAAAAUGAGCUAAACAUUUCAGUCAUAUCCAUUCUGAUGAUCUCACCGCAUUGCUAGCCAUAUUAUUUGUGGCUGUUGGAAAGCUUAUCAGAUACCAGAGAUAACUUAUGCCCUCUGGCUGUAAAAAGGUGACCCACUCUUGCAGCAUAGUAAAUUAUGGAGUUAAGUGACCACUGCUUAAGAACCUGAAGAACCAUACCACUUUUUAAAAUCAAGGACUAAAUGAUUCCAUUCUAAGUAUGUUCACUUGAAAAUAAAUUACGGCAUCCCUGG